CGGCCCGCGCCGGCCGGGCUGCUCCGCCGCUGCCUUCGCGGGAGCGCCGCAUCCUUUGCUGCCCCGCGAGUCCCGCGCCGCCCGCAAGGUUUCCCCAGGACUCUGCCUGGAUUUAGGGUCCAGACACUCACCUCACCAUGCCCCUUGUUGCCUUCAUCCUCUGGUCCACCCUGCUGACUCUGGGCUGGCGGGCAGCCCACACCAAGGAUUAUGUCUUUGCCACUCCGAGGGUGCAGCUCUCCUUCAAAGAGCUGAAAGCCACUGGCACUGCGCAUUUCUUCAACUUCUUGCUCAACUCCAGUGAUUACCGCAUCCUGCUAAAGGAUGAGGACCAUGACCGCAUGUACGUGGGCAGCAAGGACUACAUCCUCUCGCUGGACCUGCAUGACAUCAACCGGGAACCCCUGAUCAUUCACUGGCCUGCUUCCCAGCAAAGGAUCGAAGAGUGCAUCUUGUCGGGGAAAAACAGCAAGGGUGAGUGUGGGAACUUCAUCCGCCUGAUCCAGCCCUGGAACCGCACCCACCUAUAUGUCUGUGGCACUGGUGCCUACAACCCCAUCUGCACCUUCGUCAACAGGGGGCGCAAGGCACAGGCUUUUGCGCUGACCCAAUCCAUCCAGCUGGGAGGACGGGGAAGCAGAGCGGCCGACUCCUCCCUCAGCCCGACAUCGGCGGAACGCAAGGAUUAUAUCUUCUACCUGGAGCCAGACAAGCUGGAAUCUGGCAAAGGGAAGUGCUCCUACGAUCCCAAGGUGGACAGUGUCUCAGCACUAAUAAAUGAGGAGCUCUAUGCCGGCGUCUACAUUGACUUCAUGGGCACUGACGCUGCCAUCUUCCGCACCAUGGGCAAGCAGACAGCCAUGAGGACUGACCAGUACAACUCCCGCUGGCUGAAUGACCCAGCAUUCGUUCAUGCACAGCUCAUCCCAGACAGUGCUGAGAAAAAUGACGACAAGCUAUAUUUCUUCUUCCGGGAGAAAUCAGCCGAUGCUCCGCAGAGCCCUGCUGUCUAUUCCCGCAUUGGGCGCAUCUGCUUGAAUGACGACGGGGGUCACUGCUGCCUGGUGAACAAGUGGAGCACAUUCCUGAAGGCCCGGCUCAUCUGCUCUGUGCCAGGACCAGAUGGGAUUGAGACACACUUCGACGAGCUCCAGGACGUGUUCAUCCAGCAGACUCAGGACAUGAAGAAUCCCAUCAUCUAUGCUGUGUUUGCCGCCUCAGGGUCUGUGUUCAAAGGCUCUGCUGUGUGUGUAUACUCCAUGGCUGACAUCCGCAUGGUCUUCAAUGGGCCCUUUGCCCACAAGGAAGGGCCCAACUACCAGUGGAUGCCAUAUACUGGCAAAAUGCCCUACCCCCGCCCAGGCACUUGCCCAGGUGGAACCUUCACCCCAUCCAUGAAGUCGACCAAGGAUUACCCGGACGAGGUGAUCAAUUUCAUGCGCACGCACCCCAUGAUGUACAACGCUGUUUACCCCGUGCAUCGCCGGCCCCUCGUGGUGAGAAGCAAUGUCAACUACAAGUUCACCACUAUUGCUGUGGACCAGGUGGACGCGGCGGAUGGGCGCUAUGAGGUGCUUUUCCUGGGCACAGACCAUGGCACAGUCCAGAAGGUGAUAGUUCUCCCCAAGGAUGACAUGGAGACAGAGGAGCUGAUGCUGGAGGAGGUGGAAGUGUUCAAGGUUCCUGCCCCAAUCAAGACAAUGACCAUCUCCUCCAAGAGGCAACAGCUGUAUGUUGCCUCAGCUGUGGGCGUGACCCACCUGGCCCUGCAUCGCUGCAAUAUGUAUGGGGAGGCCUGCGCUGACUGCUGCCUAGCCAGAGAUCCCUACUGUGCCUGGGAUGGCAAGGCGUGCUCCCGCUACUCUGCCUCCUCCAAGAGGCGAAGCAGGCGCCAGGAUGUCCGGCAUGGUAACCCCAUCCGCCAGUGCCGGGGCUACAACUCCAAUGCAAACAAAAACACAGUGGAGGCCAUCCACUAUGGGGUGGAGGGCAGCACAGCCUUCCUAGAGUGCCAGCCCCGCUCCCCACAGGCUACUAUCAAAUGGCUCCUCCAGAAGGACAACAGUGAUCGGAGGAAAGAGCUGCGCAUAGAGGGCCGGGUGCUGAGGACGGAGCAGGGCUUGCUGCUGCGCUCCCUGCAGCUAUCCGACAGUGGCCUCUACUCCUGCACAGCCACAGAAAACAACUUCAAGCACACAGUGGCCAAGGUGCAGCUGCAUGUGCUGAACAGUGAAACCGUCCAUGCCGUGCUCUUCCAUUCAGAGACACCCAGUCUGCGGGCUGAUGGUGACAUCUCCGCGGCAGCCAUGAGGGCUGGUGUCCCCGGUGCACCUGGACCUCACUACCAGGACCUGGUACAGCUCCUCACCCAGCCUGAAAUGGGACUCAUCAACCAGUACUGCCAGGGCUACUGGCGGCAUGCAGCUGCCAGCCAUAAGGAGGUGCUGGCAGGCCUCAAAACCAAGGAGCAGCAGGACCAGAAGAAGCCACGAAACCGCCGGAAUCACCAGCCAGACAUGGACCAGCACACAUGAAAUCACCACCAAGGACUUUGUUAUAACAGUGCUAUAUUUUUCCCCCCUUUUAAUAUUGAAAUAUCUAUAAAUAUAUAUAUAAAUAUAUAUAUAUAUAUUAUACACACACACACACACACACACACACACACGCUCCCCACCUCCCUUUCAAGACAGUAUUUAUUUGUAGGUUGUACAUAAUCCGUGGGAGACACAAUCUCAGCCUUCCCCUGCCCCACUGCCUCCUGGAUACAGUAGCAAGGAGCCCAGAGGUACCCUGUCCAGCAGCUUGUUCUUUCCUCUUCCUAACUUCUAAGGUACUGUAAAAUAAAUGGCACAUGUGGAGCGAGGAGGCAGAGCUAAGGCACAAGCCGUGCCCCUGGGGACUUGAUCCAACAAGAAGGCCACGCUGUUGUCUUUAACAUGAGAUUUCUCCAGGAUCUGCAUGACCUGCCCAGUGUCUCAAAGGCACUCCAGAGUCCUGAGGCCUGGAGGGGCUCUGUCCUUAGUCAUGUGAGGAAUAGGAAAAUGUUGCUUAGUUAAGAUCACUGAAAUACCUCAUUUUAGCAUGUGCUGUUUUUGGGGUCACCUCAGGCAGCACCCUGUGAACUCUACUCCAGGGGUAGGUUCCAGUCAGUCACCUCCUGCCUCCAACUGAGGCUCCAUUGGGGUAUUACCUCAUGGUAGCAGAAAGCAAGGAGAGGGUGUCUGGUUUGGGAAGAGGAAGUCUGACAGGGGAAGUGAUAGGGUCAUGGCCCACCUUGAUGGGAUGUCUUGGCCUCCUCACUGACAGCAUCCUUCCCCCGUCAGAGUGAGACAAGCUUGGUGACUCAAGGAGGGAGAAGAGAGUUCUCAGUGAGACCACAGGGACCAGGAAAGCCUGAAGAGACCCUGAGAGGUACCUACCACACCUGCACAUCCUGUGACAAGUAGUAGACACAGUAGUAGACAAGUCAUCCAGACUGGGGGACUGUCCAUUGCAAAGUGGUGGAACAGGGGAACAGCACCUCUGGAUUCUGGCCUCAAGUGUUCACAUGGACCAACAUGCCUUUCGGACGGAGCAUGUGGAUCAGAACCACCUGCUCUCCACCGAGGCAGCCUCGGGGAGCGAUGAAUCCUUGUGCAGCAGCAGACUUUUAACAGAGGAGCAGGGGAUGGAAAAAGGUGUGGAGGUGGUGAUAUGGAAGGACUGAUUGGGGGGGAGGAAAGUGUGGGUAGGGACUGGCAGUGGGGCAUCUGGCACUGAGGUUCUAGCCCACUGAGGACCUUGGCAAGUCCCUGCAUCUUGCUGUGCCUCAACUUUCCUGUCUGACUACCUAGGAUUGUUUGAGGAACAGUCAUUUUGCUGCCUUCUCCAUAGCCAUGCUUAGCCUGGCAAUGCCAGCCGCUCUGCAGAGGAGCUUCAGGAAUGAGCUCAGGGAUGGGGGUGGCACUGAACUGAGUGGCCUUUGCCAGCUGGAGGACCUGAACUGUAGGUCGCCCAGUGCCUGCACAGAUCUGGCCAUGUUGGAGGUCUCUUGUGGAAGCUUUGCUGUAAGGCAGGAGUACAGAAGAGUAGAAAGAAAACUCAGACCCCCGCAUCCCGGCCCCCCGCUCCUCCAAACACCCUUUGGAAGGAGUGAAAGUGGUGAGGGAGCAGGGACUGGCUGAUAGUACCAAGGGAAAUACAAAAGCAAGGCCUAGCAACCUAUAUCUUCACCCUGACAGAUCCCAGGGUACUUUGCAAACUAAACGUACUGGGGGUCACUUCACUCGCUACUUCAAGGGAAAGAUGAGCAGCAGCUAUUUCAGCAGGGGGCAGCCAUGCUAGCCCGGCAGCAAGGGCAAGGGGAACCCUGAGUCAGAUGUUUGAUGACGUGUUGGUGGGAUGUGGCCAGUGCCCUUAUUCUAGGGGUUUCCACCCAUCCCAAAAACCACUACCUAAAUGGGCUGUUAUUUGCAGUGCUGACUUGCGUCUAGGGAAAGAAGCUGAGAGCAGAAGGCAGAUCAUGGAAGCACUCACAUUAUGGUAAGGGGUUUGGAGGGGGAAGCAAUUGGAGGGUCCUUGGGAUGGGAGAAAGCUGGCCAGAAAUGGGAGUCUGGGUGUAGGCUGCUAGGCACAUGCAGCCCCUGUGGAUCAUGGUGGUCACUACGAGAGGCCUCCCUGAGCCCUGGCCUGGGGUUAGCAUUGGUCUAUUAGCUACACUGAAGCCAGGACAGCAUCUCUCUUACAGACACAGCCCCGGGCAGCGAGGGCUAGUCACGGGCUGGCGAGGCUGUUUGCACUGCAGUCCUUGUGAACAGGUGGUGAACCAGCUGCCCCUUCCAUACCUCAAGCUCUCUGGAAAGACCAGCUGCCCCCAACAGAGCUCAUACCCUGGUGCUCCCCUGCUCCUUGCGCUGUGGGUUUGGUUCAGGACUCUGGCUGGAUGAGGGAGGUAAUAGCAAAGGCAUUCCUGACUUCUACUGUUCUCCCAGCCUGUCUCACUGUGGGGACAGGGUGGUUCUGGUAUCUCAAGAAGAAACUGGCACUUAGCUAGCAAAGUACUGGUGACUUCAGUGGAAAGGGCCUCUGACAGCUGAGGAAGCAACCUCCUGGCUGCUUGGAGGUGGGUUUCCCUGCCUCUGAGCGAAGAGUCCUGUGCUCUCGCUGCUCACAGAGUAUGGCCUGACCUUGUUGCAGCAAACAUGGUCAAGGCCUGACCAUGAUGCCAAAGAGCACUUUCAAUGGUGCAGUCUGGGAAAAGCCUGGCAGCUACCCCAUAGUGCUUCAGUGCAGGGAGAGAGCACGGGAGGCCCCGCGCACAGAGCAACGCUGCAGAAGGACAGGCAGGGCAGCCUGGGCCAUCUCCAUUCCCAGAGAGGGCUUGGGGAGAAGAACCGCCGUCUGUGAACCCAGGCCCAAGCAGAGAGGUGUUGGCAUUGUUGCUGGUUCCACUGCUGUGUGUCUUGCCAGCCUGUCCCCAACACACUGGUCCUGCCUCCCUCCUUUCUGCGGGGUGGGGGGGCACAGGAUAACAGCACUGAGGUCAGCCUUCCAGAUCAGUCUGUCACUUCCUGUGCCUACAGCCACCUGCCCUUGGGUGGGCAAGGGCAAGAGGCCAGGAAGAUUCUUGUCCACCCCACAGAGAAGCUGCAGGAAAAAGUGCCAGAGACUUCACACAGUUACCCCAAAAGAGUGAGGAAGUGGGAAGAAGAUGAAAGGGAACACAUCAUAGGCUCACUGCACUAGCAGUUUCCACUGUUGUGUCAUCAUCUUUGGAGACGCAGGACAUGCUUAAUGGCACUGUCCCAAGGCUGUGUCCAUCCCUGCUCACAUGACGGGCACUGGCAGUUUACCCAUUCUGAACACCACGUUUCUUUCCCCUAACAGCUCUUGGAGCCCUCUUGUCAGCUCAGAUCAAGCGUAGUGUCUAUGCUUGUCUGGCAAGGGAAACACUGUGACCACUGAGGUGGUCUUCCUAGUCGCACCCGGGGAAGACCGCUCUGCUGGCACAGGGACAGUAUCUGCCAAGCUAAUGUAUAAUAAACCUCCCAUUUAGCUGCUGGAGUGGGAAGGUCUUGGCUUUAUGCCCACUUUAUGGAAAUGAGAGAGUCCUCUGUAGCUUGCUCCUGCAGCCGUAUGGCUGAGGGCAAACAAAACGCAGGGGCAUCUGAACCCCAAGUCUCCGGGCUUGGGCCUGCAAGUAGGAUGCCUGCCAAAGGAUUUGGAAACAUCUGAAGCCCCAGGUGUUUGCCGGUAGUAUGGCCAUUUAUGGUUCUGGACUGACUCACGGAUUUGGAAUUUGAUUUGGCAAAUUUGGCUUGAAAUAUGGGGGAAAAAUUUUUUUUUUUAAAGCUCUUGGAGCCCUCACAAGAGAGAGGGAAGGAGCAAAGCAUCUUGGGAACAGCUAUGCAAAUUAAAAAGCAAGAAGCAGAAAGUCAUGCCCUCAGAGUCCUUCUCUUUUGGUCCUAGCAGGUUCAACACAAUGGCAUACAUUGCUGAGGGCAAAGGAAUAGCAUGCUCCCAGUAGCCAGCCAGUAGGACAGCUCUUCCUUCCCAAUUCAAACCAGCAAAACUCAAAUUGUGUCCUGUGGUUCCCUCUGCUGCUAAGGCCUCUUAACCCCUUCCAGACAGACUGAGCCUUCAGGAUCCAGUGGGCCUUCCCUUGGACUGAACUACAUGUAGUUCAUAUUGUGGGUUUGGACUAUGAGGUUCCCAGGUCCAGCUUGUCUUUCCUCGCUCUCCUCCAGGCUGGCUGUAUGUGCCGGCUUGACCCAAGCGCCUGUGCUCUCUGGUGUAAAUAGUUGUAAAUGGAGAAUGUAACAGAAGCCGAAAAACGAAGCAGUCAAUGAACCUGCUCCUGGUGGAGAAGUGGAGCUCAAAGGCACAUCAUGCCUGUAAUGUGAACUUCCUGUGGAUGGGAACGAGCUAAUAAACACUGGCUUUGUUUAUGGAGA